AUUUUUAGUUUGGUCAAAGUAUGUAUUUUGCAAAAACAUACACCAUCCUAAUGUCUUUGUAGCUGAAGGAGGCUGUCCAGAUACCACUUUCAUCGAAGAUGCAGUGCACGUUCUUCUAAAAACUCGGCGAAUCCUCAAGUGUUCUUAUCCAUAUGGAUUUUUCUUAGAACCUAAAAGCACAAAGAAAGAAAUUUUUGAACUAAUGCAAACAGACCUAGAAAUGGUCACUGAAGACCUUGCCCAAAAAGUCAAUAGGCCUUAUCUUCGUACACCUCGACACAAGAUCAUCAGGGCAGCAUGCCUUGUGCAGCAGAAAAGGCAAGAAUUCCUGGCGUCUGUCGCUCGUGGGGUUGCUCCUGCAGACUCACCAGAUGCUCCCAGGCGCAGCUUUGCCGGUGGAACAUGGGAUUGGGAAUAUUUAGGAUUUGCAUCACCUGAGGAAUAUGCUGAAUUUCAGUAUCGGAGGAGGCACAGACAGCAGCGCCGUCGAGGAGAUGUGCAUAGCCUGCUCAGUAAUCCUACAGACCCCGAUGAACCAAGCGAAAGCACUUUCGAUCUACCAGAGGGGGGCAGCAGCCGCAGGCCUGGUGCAUCCGUGGUAAGCUCUGCAUCUAUGAGUGUUCUGCACAGCUCUUCCCUGCGUGACUACAGCCCUGCCAGUCAUUCUGCAAACCAGGACUCUCUUCAGGCUCUGAGUUCCUUGGAUGAAGAUGAUCCCAACAUACUCCUUGCCAUACAAUUGUCACUGCAAGAGUCUGGGCUGGCCAUCGAUGAAGAAACCAGAGACUUCCUUAGCAGUGAAGCAUCCCUAGGAGCCAUAGGCACAUCUUUACCUUCCCGACUGGACUCUGUGACUCGGAGCACAGAUAGUCCUCGGGCUGCGCUGAGCAGCUCUGAGCUGCUGGAACUUGGUGACAGCCUCAUGAGACUAGGAGCAGACAGUGACCCGUUUUCAACUGACACUUUGAGUUCACGCCCUCUCAGUGAGACAAGAAGUGAUUUUUGUCCCUCUUCCAGUGACCUUGACUCAGCUGGCCAGGACCCCAGUGCCAAUGACAAUCUUCUUGGCAAUAUUAUGGCUUGGUUUCAUGACAUGAACCCUCAGAGUAUCGCCCUGAUUCCUCCAGCAGUAACCACAGAGACGAGUGCUGAGCCUCAUCCUCCCUGUUCAAGAGAUGGGUCUGAAGGUGUGAGGGACAUGGAGCUGGUGCCGCCAGAAGACUCAGUGUCCAAAGAUGCUGCUGAUCAUGAAGGGAAAAGAACCCAGAUGGGAGAAAAUCCUCUGGAAGAGAAUACUCUGGCCGGGGAAGAGUUGUCUCAAGCUGGUGACAGUAGUAAUGAGGCAGUGAGCAGGGGGGACGGGCCAGAUGGUGUCAGUCAAACCCCUCAGACCUCAAGCGACUGGCUCGAGCAAGUACAUUCAGUAUGAAUUGCACACAUUUGCUCUCCGGGUGAAUCAUAGUACAGGGGUCUGGGAGGUGGAGUAUGCUUUAGAGAGACUUUAAUGCACUUAAUUUGAACUCGGUUAUAAACCACUGAUGUUAGAGUUGAAUGCAGAGGGGUUCCCUCAGAUGAUAGCUGCAGUGUCAAGUUUAACCUUACAGGGAAUUUCUUUUGUGUCUAUCCCCCUUUUUAGUGUCAAAAAAGAGCAGGAGAAAACACAUGGAAUGAAUGGGUUGACACCCACAUUCUAAGAGAAUGCAGCGCUCUGUCUAGCCUAGAGUUGGCAGUACUUAAGUUGACCAUUUCAAUCAAAAGCUUCCUCUUUAUUCCUUACAUGGCUUCCUCUUUUUCAUAGAAAUGAAGAGGUUUUUUUUAUUGUAGAAGUUGGGCCAGACAGUUCUGAUCACGUGUCUUCAGUGUCUGUCUCAUCUCCAGGGGCCUUCUUCCCUCCUGUUGUCCAAGCAGUGUGAGCUGAGGUGUCCGUGCUGCUUUUAGUGCUGCAUCUACCAGUGUGAGUAGUUUCUGUUUCACAUGAUGAAAGAUUCCUUCUCAUGUCUCUUCACAGUCCAAUUGUGCCAAACUCUGACUCAUGCGCUGACUGACAGGGCGGGUAGGUGUGCUGCUUCCUGGUGUGCUCCAGGGCAGUGUCAGUGUGCUCGGGAGUAAAAGGUGCCACCCGGUAACAGUAACUGUCCAGAAAUUAAUGGGCUUUUGUUGCCAUGGAGACUGCAUUUAAAUAAAUGUAGCCUGUAGCUUAAGUAAACUAAAGCUAAUGCUGCUGUUAAAACAGUUUAUUUUAAUAUUAAAAUACAGUUGAUUAGCAACAGCGGUGCUGUAUUUAAGAGACACUUUAUUGGAAGUGCAAUCAUAGUUCUUUGUUUUCACAGUUUUACAGUGCAUUCUAAUUACUAACGGGUGCAAUUACUUUUAAUGGUGUUUUAUAACAUAGAAAAACUGGAGUUUUCAUGAGUUACAGUAAAUCCCACAGUUAUUAAAAAAUUCAAUACAACAUCCUACACAACAUGUUACCGUGCCUUUGCCUAACCUAAACGGAUAGUUGCCAGUUAAGUAAGUCAGUAAUUCCAAUCUCAAUGUCUUUCUGAAGUAACUAUGCUAUGAAUUGCAAAGACCUCCAUGAAACCACCCAUGGCCUUGCUUUUACAGUAACUAUGACAACUAAGUGUUCAGUUCGUUUGCCUAGAUAGCAAAUGCUACUGUGUUUGUUCUCUUGCGCAAUACUCAUUUGCUGUUUGAUCACUGUUUAGUAUUGAAAACUCAGCCUCCUAGUUAUCAGUGUCCUACUGUGAAGAAAUACUGGUCUUAGUUGUAAUUACGAUACAGUGGUCCAGUGUGUAAUUAAACUAGAGUAAACUGUU